CUGUACCGUGUCCGCAGUCUCUGGUCAUCUCCUGUACCGUGUCCGCAGUCUCUGGUCAUCUCCUGUACUAUGUCCGCAGUCUCUGGUCAUCUCCUGUACUGUGUCCGCAGUCUCUGGUCAUCUCCUGUACUGUGUCCACAGUCUCUGGUCAUCUCCUGUACUGUGUCCGCAGUCUCUGGUCAUCUCCUGUAGUAUGUCUGCAGUCUCUGGUCAUUUCCUGUACUAUGUCUGCAGUCCAUUGGUCGUGUGUGUUAUGGAACG